GUAAAAUACUCGUAUUUAAUAAUUAUUUAGCAACCUUGAAAAUGUGUGUUAUUGAAAUACGAAUGAAAGUCAUCUAAUCGUGUAUUUUAGUUCUGUCAAUAAUCUCGCCGCAAACAGAUCACAUCUUAUUAGAAUGCCGUUGCUAAAAAUAGACGACGAUGAUGCCGCAAAUUCGGAGGUUUGUUUGGCCCUUUACCGGAAAUCUCUCAAAUCCAAAGAAAUGGACCAUGGAGGGACACAUUUCGACGGCCAGCACCCCCAUGUCUUUAUCACACUUGGAGCUUCGGGAGAUUUAGCGAGAAAGAAAAUCUACCCCACGUUGUGGUGGUUGUAUAGAGAUAAUCUCCUGCCGCUCAACACAGUAUUUUUCGGCUAUGCCCGCAGUAAGACGUCAGUCCAGGAAAUUAAGGAAAAAUGCAAGCCAUACAUGAAGGUGAGAAGUGGAGAAGAAGACCGAUUUGAGAACUUCUGGAAGCUGCAUUACUACGUGGCUGGAUCGUACGACUCAAGGACCGACUUUGAGAGACUUAACCAGGAGAUUUGCCCCUUUGAGAAGGGCCCAGCCGCGAAUAGGGUGUUUUAUUUGGCUCUGCCACCCUCUGUUUUUGAAACUGUAACCGUUCAUAUUCGAAAUUCGUGCAUGGCCCAAAAAGGCUGGACAAGGGUUAUUAUCGAGAAACCUUUCGGUCGCGAUUUUGACUCUUCGCAAAAACUGUCAAACCAUUUGAGCUCUCUAUUCACCGAACAGCAAAUUUACCGGAUAGACCAUUACUUAGGGAAGGAAAUGGUGCAAAAUCUCAUGACCCUGAGGUUUGGCAAUCGUAUUUUCAACCCGACUUGGAACCGAGACAACAUUGCCUCAAUCCAGAUCAGUUUCAAGGAACCAUUCGGGACUCAAGGCCGUGGAGGGUAUUUUGACGAGUUUGGUAUUAUCCGAGACAUCAUGCAAAACCACCUCCUCCAAAUUUUGACUCUUGUCGCAAUGGAGAAACCAGCGUCAGUCCACCCUGACGAUAUUAGAAACGAAAAAGUGAAGGUUUUGCGAUGCAUUAGAGUAAUUGAGCGAAAAGAUGUGGUUUUGGGCCAGUAUGUUGGGAACCCGAAUGGGGAAGGUGACGCAAAAUUGGGGUAUUUGGACGACCCGACUGUGCCCAAAGAUUCAGUGACCCCCACCUACGCCUUGGCCGCUCUCCACAUCAAUAACGAGCGAUGGGAUGGAGUCCCAUUCAUUCUUAAAUGUGGAAAAGCCUUGAAUGAGCGUAAAGCCGAAGUCCGGAUCCAGUUUAAGGACGUCCCUGGAGAUAUCUUCGACGGAAAGCCGAAACGUAACGAACUGGUCAUCAGAGUACAACCUGGUGAAGCCUUGUAUGUCAAACUGAUGGUGAAGACGCCAGGAAUGGCCUUCGAUAUGGAAGAAACUGAACUGGAUCUGACUUACGGCCAUAGAUACGCAAAUGUUAAAUUGCCUGAUGCGUAUGAAAGGUUAAUUUUGGACGUAUUCUGCGGCUCUCAAAUGCAUUUCGUCCGGUCAGAUGAGUUAAGUGAAGCUUGGAGGAUCUUCACUCCACUUUUGCAUCAAAUUGAAAGUGAAAAAGUUAAACCAAUUCCCUAUGUGUAUGGGAGCCGUGGGCCUAAAGAAGCCGACGAAAUGUUGAUGAAUAACAAUUUCACUUAUACAGGCUCGUACAAAUGGGCUGCCCCCAAAAUGUGAUCUAUGACAUGACACCAUUUUAAUUUACAUUCCAGAAAAUGUAUAAUGGUUGAGGAGUAUAUUUUUAUAUUUUAAUUUAAACUAUAACUUAUAUGGCAAUAAAAGUGGUAGUCGAAUUGA